AUGUGGUGGGCUCCAUCGGCCUACGCAGCCUCAGGGGCGGCUGUUUUAGCUUUGGGUAUUUCGCCGGGCGAUCACGUCCUCGACCUGUGCGCGGCUCCUGGUGCUAAGCUCUGUAUGAUUCUGGACAUUCUUGGCACGUCUUCAGGUUCAGUGACUGCUGUUGAUAUCGCUCAGCACCGGUUGGCCGCCACUCGAACCAUGGUGCGGAAAUAUGGCCUCGGUGACCUUUGCCGCCUGUUUGUUGCCGACGGGACCACAUUUUCCCUCACUCCACCGAGGGCUUCUCGGCCGAACCAUGAAAACUCCGAGACCUACGGCCAGUGGACCCCACGCAGACCGUAUAAAGAACGGAAGAGUGCAGCCAAAUCUAGGCAGAAACAAAUCGCCGGCAGCCCGGAGCUCAUAUUCUACGGACCUCAUUCUGGGGUGGUCGGUUCUACCAAAGAUGACGUGUACCGAAUCUACAGUGAACUGGAGAUCGCGUUCCAGGGCUACGAUAAGGUCCUUGUGGAUGCAGAAUGCACGCAUGAUGGCUCGAUCAAGCACAUCCAGAAAUUCGAGCAGUGGGGCUGGGCCACACUCUCGGCCCGCGUGCUGAAUGCCGAGAGAACGGAUGAGGACGUGACUGUUGUGCAGCUGAAGUUGCUGGUGAAUGGAUUCAGGCUUUUGAAGGUUGGGGGUUCUCUCAUCUACAGCACGUGCAGCUUGACAGUUGCUCAGAAUGAAGGUGUGGUGGAGGAGUUUCUUUCGGAGAAUUUGUCGGCUGAGUUGGUGAAGAUUGAAGCUGCGGAGAGCUGGCCUUGUAGACCUGGAAUGAUACAUAAGACUCUGAGAUUUGAUCCGCUUACAUCUGGCACGAGUGGGCUUUUUGUUGCCAAGUUCACAAAGCUGGCUACUUGA